CUCCUGCGUAGACACGUUUCGCCCACAGCCAUUAUGAAGAUCGCCGUGUUCGCACUGUGCCUGCUUGCUGCGGCCGUGGCCUGGCCGCUAGACCAGCCGGCGGAGGAGGCCUCCGGCAUGUCCAUCGAGGUGCUGGACCAGCCGGCGGAGGAGGCCUCCGGCAUGUCCAUCGAGGCGCUGGAUCAACCGGCAGAGGAGGCCUCCGGCAUGUCCAUCGAGGUGCUGGAUCAACCGGCAGAGGAGGCCUCCGGCAUGUCCAUCGAGGUGCUGGAUCAGCCGGCGGAGAAGACCUCCAGAAUGGCCAUCGAGCCGCUGGUCGGAAGUGGAGACGCGCCCAUCGACUUCGCAGAACCCGAAGGCAGUGCGUCAGGGGAAGGCCCUCUGGAAAUCUUCUGGGCCGGUGCCAAGGAGAACGAGGUUGUGUCGCCAUCCGACUCUCCUGCUCAGGACUUGACAGCUGAGUCCAGUUAG